UUAAAUUUGUUUUUAAGUUAAAACAAAAGUUUGGAGAAAGUGCCCACACUUUCAAUCUAGAUGUGCUUUCAUACUUAACAGACAAACAGCUUUGGAUUAUUGUAAGGUGUUGACUGAAAGAAAGUUGUGGUGAAAAUGAUGUAAACAUAAUAAUGGCGGAUAAUUCUCAUAAAAGAGGGGAAUCCCCGGAAAACUCGGCGAAAGUGACAGACAGGUUGAAGAUCGCCAAGCGGAAAAUUACGGAUUCGUUCAAAUCAUCGACUGAAUUUUACCGAGAAAAAUAUAAACAAAUCAAAAAACCUGGAAAAGGGGGUCGUGUAAAGGGAAAGUCACGUCCAUCACCGUGUGGCAGUCAAGAGGAUCUAACUUCUUCCCAGCAGUCGUUGGAUGGUGAAACAAAGAUCAGGGAAUUAGUGAAAGAUUUGAAAGUUGGGUUGAUGUAUUUCCGCGCCGUGGUUUCAAAUAAAAGGUUCGAACAAUUUUCGGGUUCGGCCUCGAGGAUUCUGGAAGUUGUGAUCACCGUGUUGGAUGAAAUAUCAAGGAACCAAAUAUCUCCUGAGCUAAGUUCAGUAAUGACAUCGUGUCGUGCUUGUGUUGUUCAAAGCCUCGCCCAGCUAAUCCAGUGGUCCGACGACAUGCUGCUGGGUGCAAACACAACAAGCAAUGAUGAACGAUUUAGUUUGGUUCCUACACUUAUAGAUUCCGUCCAAAGAGGUGUUGACGGAUUAGUUGAUGAAGCUUUGAGCAAGAUCCGAUCCCGAAGUAGCGCCCCAACCACCCCCACCUCCCCUAGUAGGGGGGCAAGCCUUCCUGAUGCGUUUGGAUCACUAAGAAUCCCCAACAACCAACUUAGAAGCCAAUCACUAGCACACCACUUUAGCAGGUUACAAGCCAUCCACGAUGAAUCAGUACCUCCAAUCCCACCAAAGAAACGAACAAACAAACCGAUUGGGAUCGUUUCCCCUUUCAACCCCAACCCUGAUGUUUCUGUGUUUGGUGUGCGUGGUUUAACGAGAUCCGAGGAAUCCUUGAUCGGCCCCUCGUACAAAUCCAACAACACGGAAUCAAACGACCGCGCGAGUUAUUGCUCAAGUAAUUUAAGUUCAGAUAGUUGCGAAGUACUAACAAACGGCGAGGCAAAUUAUGUUGCAAAGAAUAUUCUACGAUGGCAUAAUAUGGAAGAUGGGACCAGUGAACGACCGGCAUCAUAUCCAAACCAACUCGUACCAAUAAGGCUUAAUAUACCAAGUGCUGCAAGUUCAAUGUCAAGCAUCACCAUCGACGAUCAACACAGCGGAUCCUACAACUGCUUGUUGGGAAGCCCUUCAUCAUCACAUAACGUUUAUUAUGAUGACGCAGCGUCGGUCAACAGUUUAAACGAACUGGAUAUCCCCCCUGAUCUCCCCGCCAAGUUAAACAGGAAGUCAACAGAUCUUAGCAUGGCAAGCAUUGUAAGCGAGGAUGAAGAGCCACCGCCGCUUCCUACUAAGAGGAAUAAAUUUGAUUUGUACAUGCAUUUAUUCGCACAAGAACAACCCCAACCCCCUCCCAUGUCCGAUAUAUCUCGUGAAACUGCGCGGAGGUACAACUUACCCCAUAGUGUGGUUUCCCCUGCCCCGAGGACACUAGUGGGAAGUACAGAGCAGUGGCAGCAGAGUAGCGGAGAUGGGAGUUCCCCCGGAUCCCCGUUAUACGACACACCCCCGGCACUACCCCCUAAAGCUCGUAAAACAGAGAGCAUAUUUACGUUCCCCACCAUAGAGGAACGACCCCCGCCCAUCUUACCCAAGAGAAGUAGCGUCAGUUUCCGAAGAACUUCGAUAUUAAACCGACAACAACAGUUGAAUGAGGAGCACGGGAUGGCUGCCACGCCCAUAACCACCCCACCCCUAGUUGCCCCGCCCCUACCCAGGAAAACAACAGCACGAGUUGAACCGCUGCCACAGAAAAGUUUCUCUGAAAAUGUCGACGAGAAAGUAGAAGAUAAUGCCCUACCCCCGUCACCCAGCCCCCCAAAACGAGGGGGUUCCAAGUCAUGCCCCCUCCCCCAACCUGACCCCGGCAACCUGCUUGACGCUGGCGAAGUUUCAAACUAUCUAAGUUUUCAUAAACAUGGCGACCAAUCAUCUGAUGAGGUUUGCAGUGGAUGUGUAGACGCCCUUAUCGUGUACGCAGCUGAGGCGGGGACCAAAAACCUCAUCUACUUUGAAGCUUUCCUCACAACUUAUCGAACGUUCAUUCAACCUCCUGAGUUGCUACAAAAGCUUCUUUAUAGGCAAAAGAACUUUGGAUCCGAAUCUUUGACCGCGGUCGACAGGAAAAGUAAAAGAAUUUCCAAAAAUGCUUUUUUCCUUCUGGUGCGCGUGGUGGAUGAACUUUGGUAGGUGGUAGCUGGUUGUUUUGUUGGUCAUCAUGUGGGUGGUAGCUGGUUGUUUUGUUGGUCAUCGGGUGGGUGGUAGCUGGUUGUUUUGUUGGUCAUCAUGUGGGUGGUAGCUGGUUGUUUUGUUGGUCAUCGGGUGGGUGGUAGCUGGUUGUUUUGUUGGUCAUCGGGUGGGUGGUAGCUGGUUGUUUUGUUGGUCAUCAUGUGGGUGGUAGCUGGUUGUUUUGUUGGUCAUCGGGUGGGUGGUAGCUGGUUGUUUUGUUGGUCAUCGGGUGGGUGGUAGCUGGUUGUUUUGUUGGUCAUCGGGUGGGUGGUAGCUGGUUGUUUUGUUGGUCAUC